CGGGGUGGUGGCUCCGCUGCCCACUGAUCGUGCCCGCUGCCCGCCCGCAGCCGCAGAACGAGCACAUCGAACUGCACCACAAGCGCUACGGGCGCCGCCUCGACUACCAUGAGCGCCGCAGGAAGGAGGGCCGGGAGGUGCACGAGUGCUCCAGGAAGGCCAAGAUGAUGAUUGGGCUGAAGGCCAAGCUCUACCACAAGCAGUGGCAUGCUGAGAAGAUACAGGUGAAGAAGACAUGAUCUUUCUUUUCUUGCAGCCUUAAAAUGCACAAAAAGAGAAACACAAAGGAAAAGAAUGAUGAGAAAACACCUAAAGGAGCCAAGGCACAUAUGACACAUCCUGAACUUAAAGCUACUUUUUGCCUACCUAUCCUUGGUGUAAAGAAGAAUCCUUCUUCUCCUUUAUAUACAGCACUGGGUGUAAUUACCAAAGGCACCGUCAUUGAGGUGAACGUGAGCGAGCUUGGCCUCGUGACUCAGGGAGGCAAAGUAAUCUGGGGUAAAUAGCCAAGCUAGCUGUACUGCAGAGCGGGUUUUAAAAUUCUAACAGUACAGGCAGAGAUUUAAGCUGCAUCCUAUAAAUUGUCAGCAUUGAUCCAUUCUUAAAUAUUAGUUUGGGGCUGUAGUGGAAGCAACCAUUUGCCAGCUAUAGAAAUGCAAGCUGCAAAUUUUAAUCUUUAGGCUUUUGCUUCACAU